AUCCCUCAAGAAAAUCAGUAUUCAUUCAAAUUUACAACCUAUAUGUACUAAUCCGACGAUUGAAAAUUAUGAAUGUGUUGAACGAUAUCGUGAAAAUUGUGAACCAAAUGCGUGGUAAAGAGAAUAUAUUUGGGUACAAAUCGACGACCGCGAAUCAGUUCUAUUUGGUGUAUUGUUUCUUAGGAGAAAUAUACUUCAGCACUACGUUUCACCGGCACACCAAACUAUUUUUGUUUUGGUGGCAAAUGUCUGGAUUGUUAGUGGGAUGUUGUCAAGUAGUAUCUUAUUCAUUUUACGGUAGUACCGAAGAUGCAGCUGACAUUUUAUACACAAUAUUUGUAAUCAUGAUUGCCACCCUUUGUUACGUACUCGUACCAUACAUCUCAGUGAUUCACUACCGCAGUGAUUUACUCGAUGUGAUCCAAAUAGCGGAUCAUAUUAUUAUGAAAAGGGAACUGAAUAGUCAUAGUAAAACGGAAAAAGAAUUCAACUUGGGAAAAUGGAUCAAGAACAUUUUUCUAUACAACUGUCUAACUCUUUCAAUAUAUUGUUCAAUUUGUUAUGUGAGUGUAUUGCUUUUUUACGAAGAUGAAAAAGUUAAAAACGUUAUUUACUACCUCGUUUAUCCACCAAAAAUCGAGCAAUACGGAUCUUUGCCAUUUUUCCUGAUUUUUAGCACAGUAGUAAAUUUAGCUGCUGCUUCUUUAUUCUUAGGCAUUCCCAUGAUCUCACUUAUUUUUGUAUUUUGCGGUAUUAUAUUUCACAAUGAAAUACAAAAAAUCAUCGAAGACCUAAAUUUGCUGAACUUGAAUCCCAUUACAAUUGAAUCUUACCGAAGCAUGCAACCAAAAUUCAAAAACUCUAUCAUCAAAUGUGUCAAGGAUUACCAAAGCGCUAUCAAAAUGAUCGAAUGUUUUCGGGGAUAUUAUGAAACAUUAGCAGCUGUUUUAUUGCCAUGUGUACUUUUUAUUGAGAUCACUCAUGCUUUUCUCUUCGUAUCACCCAAUAUCUCAAUGACAGUGAGAUUGAGAGAACUAUCAGUGUUUCUUAGCUCAAUCCAAUGGGUAUUUAUGCUAUGUUGGUUGGGUGGCAUGCUGGAUGACUCGGCAGAGGCAUUGAGUUUUGCUGUAUAUUCUACACCCUGGUACUGGUCCACAUUGUUGCGUAAAGAUGUUUACCUACUCCUGUGUCAAACUCAAAGACCGAUCUCUGCAACAGCGCUGGGAGUUUAUCCUCUUUGCUUGGCAACAUUCUUACGUUUCAUGAAUAUUAUACAAUCGUCCGUCAAUAUUUUACGAACGAUUACCGAAUAAUAAGAUAACGUAAUCAUGGAUUCAAUUCGUUCUACACAUAGGUUGUUAUAAAUAUACAUAAAUCUAUAUAUUAAUAAGUACAGAGUAUCUAACGGAUUUUUUUUGUUGAAAAAAUCACCAUUUUUUCAACCAAAUUUUCAGAAUGCAAUCCACUCGACCAUUCCCCCCCCCCCCCCCAAAAAAAAAAUUAACAUAGUCAAAUUUUGCACAUAUGAAAAUUUUUAAAAAAAUUGAAACUGGAAGAAAAUAAAACAAUACAAAUAAACGAGCUUAUUACAUUCGUUAUGAGACAAGGUGUCAAGCAAAAUUUCAAAAUAAAAAAUCAGGACUUUAGCAGGACAUUUUUCAAACACUAGAGAUUUUAUGAAAAAAAGGAGCCGGGGGAAUGCAAAAUUUAACAUUAGAAUUUUUCGCUUUUAGUUUUCCAAUGUCUUCAACAUCCCAAGAUUUUUUUCAAGCAAGCAGAUGUCGAAAAUAUAUUUUUAUAAUUUCAAUUUUUGAUUUUUUCACGUUAUAGGUUCGUGCUCAUGUAAUGAAAUUGGGCAAAUUGAAAACUUUUUUUUCAACAAACCAAAUUUUUAAUUUUGAGAGGGAGGUACAUAAUUAUGUAAAAAAAACGAUGAUUUUUAUUGUGAUAAAUUGGUUAAUUAUAGUAAGUUUAUUGCUUUGCUUCAAAAUUUUGAUAUUCAAAUAAUUUUUUUUUGAAAAACUUAAAAUUGAAAAAAAAGCAAAUGAGCCCGAGCGUAGCGAGGGUAGAAGCUUGCAAAAAUUCAUAUUUCAAGAAGUGAAAAAAAAAUUCUUCAUGCAGGGAAGAGUUUAUUUAUUUGAUUCAAACAUUGAACAUUUCUUGAAUUUGAACAAUAGUUUUUCAUAGGGAAAAAGAGUAAACAGCCGGAGCGAAGCGAGGGCGAAAGCUCUCAAAAAUGUGUAAUUCAAGCUUUAAAAAAUUCGACAAAUGAGCUCUUUUCUACGGAAUAAAGAUCUAGAAAAAGGAACGAAUUUGAAUUUUUUCUACUUACUUUUUCACUACUUUCACUACUUGCACUACCUGUUAGAUAACCUGCCAUUUGAUGAAAUUUUGUGGGAAUUUUGAGUUUCAAAAAUCUGCUGGAGGCUCCCGAACUGCUCAAAAAGGUUUGAAACAGUUUCCAAUCGAUUUGGCAUGUCGAAAAUAGGGUAUAUCCCAAAUUUCAGCUUUCUAUAGGUCAAUUUGGUAAAAUUUUGAUUUUUUUUCUCACAUUUUGGCCAAAAUUUGAUUUUUAAAAAUUCACCAAAAAUCGAGUAAUGUACUUUAGCACUUGAAAUUUUGACAGGUUGUACGGUUUAGAAAAUUCCAUGUUAGUCCUAUGUUGAAACGCAAAAUCUGCGAUUUUGGCUAACCUGUCAAUCAAAAUGGCGGCCAUUUUGAAAGUAGGGCCAGGUUUUUUUUGAGGACAAGGGCUAGAAAUGUUCCUUAGGACUCUCUCUUUAAGAAAAAAGUUGUCCUGGAGGAUCGGCAGGGGGGUGCAAGUGAUCCUUAUGCGGGCCCCCGACUAAGUUUAAUUUCUUGAAUUAUUCGCAAACGUUCAACACAUUUUGAUAGGUCGCGUGACACUUUUUCAAUAAUUCUUAUAAUUAUGAUAUGAGGGAAUAUGCCCUGAUCGCCUUAGCGAUGAUUAAAUUAAUCCCUUCGUACAUUUAAUCGUAAUAUUCUUAGUUAGCGUAGGCGUAUAAGAUUUACUUAUACUGGAAGUAUGGCAACGUGAGAACUACGCAUAUAGGAGAAAUGAUUUAUUUAUCCGGUGACUCGUAGAUCGAGGGAAAACUCGAGGGUACGAGCAUCGGAUUUCCAGCCACGAACCUCACUUGGAAUAAGCUACUCGCGAUGGCUGGUUCUUGGUCACAAAAAGACGUAUAGGCAAUGAAGGCCUUAAAACCUCCAUCCCUCUUAACUGUUUUCGCCCACUACCACUGUGGAUAAUUUGUUUAAUAAUGUGAAUUAAUUAAAUACGCCCUAAUAGAAAAAAUACUAGUAGUUCGAUGAAAAAAAAAGUACUAUAGUUUCAACUAGUAAUAUUUUGGCACUCUGAUUAGUAGUUGGAACUGGUUAACUAGUAGUUGGAAGUGAUCAAGUAGUACUUGAACUGCCCUCAUUGAAAAAUGCGUGAAAAUAUAUUAAUUAAAUUAAUUAAUGACUAAAUCUACGUUUCUUCAUUGAAACAAGCACAGUACAGCACAGUGCUAGGAAACCUCAUCCUAAAAAUCAAUUUGGAGAGGAAAAAAUUUUUUGCCCUAGGCAGGGCUCGAACCCACUACCCUUCAGUCACUCACUAGUCACUACUAGUUACUCACCCACUUAGACCACUCGGCUAUCCCCAUUGUUGGAAUUAUUAGUACUAAAAGGCCAAUAUAAUUGCUUCAACUCUGGACUUAGUAAAUUUUUUGAAUAGUAAAAGUAGGUAUUUCAUGAAGUAUAUUCCUCCUGUUAUUCAUACACUAUCUGGGCUUGUAUGAUGACAACAACAUUUUAUCAUGCUUCAGUAGCUGCACCCAUCACAAAUGUAGUUUUUUUAAUUUACCUAAUUGGUAUUUUUUUAAAAAGUGAUUGCAUUUUUUUUUUCAAUUUCAUGAUUUUUUUGUGGCUUACUUCCGCAAAUUUAUGAAAAUGUUCAUACCUAUCAGUAGGGAUAGGAUUUUCUUUGCGAUUCAUUCCAUUCUGAGGCAAAUGGUGAAAGUUCAUAGUGCUUUUCUUUUCCUUUUUUGGGACGUGUUGAUGUUUUAAAACGUCUAUUUUUUGUCAAAAAGGCAGAAAUUUUGCUUAUUUUGUGUUUCUUUUUUCAUUGUUAACGCUUUUUUGGAUAAAAAAUUGGUAAAUAUUGCAGCGAUUUUACUUCCAAAAAUACUAAAAUUUUUCAACUUUUCCUUUUUGCACAUUUUUGAAAAAAAAAUCUGAAUGAAUUAUUUCAAACAAACAAGAGAAGAAAAACUGAAAAAUAAAAAUUUUAAUUGGUUUUCAAUUGUCAGUUUUUAUAAUUUUUUUUAAACUUUGAGUUUUAGUUUCAGUUUCAGUUUUUCUUCAUUUUUUUCCAUUUUCUUCUUCUUAGUUUAUUUUGGUUCAAGUUGUGCAUAUAUUUAAGGGAGGUAUUUUACUGGGUUUGAAAAUAAAACCUUCAUUUUGAUAUGAAACAUAGUAAAGAUUUGAAAGCAGCUUUUUUUUUGCUUUUUUCUUGCAUUUUUCUUGCUUUUUUUAUAACGCUUAAAACGUGUCUGAUGGCGCUUAAAAAUCCUACAGCCCUACCUAUCACCCACCUUCUACUACCAAAUAAAUAGAAUUGAUUGAUUGAUUGAUUCAUUUUCUGUAAAAUAAAUGAAUAUAAUAAGAAGGGAGAAUCUGCUGACAUUAAGAACUGAUAAGAACUGGUAGUUGAAAAGUAACAACUAGUAGUGAUCCAGCACAAACUAGUAAUCAGUACUGAUAAAUCAGCAGUGAAUCAGUAUGAACUAGUAGUGAUGCAGUAUUAAUUAGUAGUAAAUACUGAUCAAUUAGUAGUGAACCAGUAUGAACUGGUAGCGACGUAGUACACACUAGUAAUAAAUACUGAUAAACUAUCAGUUAACCAGUAUGCACUAGUGGUAAAGCAGUACUUACUAGUAAUAACUAGUAAGAAACUAGAAGUAUUUUCACCUACUACUAGUAUUUUUUCUAUUAGGGCGUUCAUUUAAAUUAACCAUUUUACGGAUAUUUCUCCGAUCCGGUACCUAUCGGGAAAUAUGAAACAAAAUAACCCAAUUCUGUCGCCGAUCUUACGUUAGUAUGAGUGGAUCACAGGAGAGGCAGAAAAUAAGCAUAGUGUCGUAAGUUGUGAAAUACUUAUUAGUUAAAUAAUAAUAUUAUGAGGGACGUAACACACCUAGUCUAAUUAAAUAAUACAUAAUUGCAUCGCCAAGUAGUUUUAAUUAAGCUUAAACUUAAUUAUAUUACGAGUCUCUAUUUUAUGCGAGAUGUUAAGUAGAUGUUGAGUCCACUAUCGAACAUAAAAUAAUGUCAAUUAUGUUACACUUCCUAAAUCCUAACGUGUAUUUUGUUGUGCUAAAAUAUUAAUAAAUUGCUUUUAAGAAUGUU